AUGAAAGAACAUAAAACGGGCACAUCGAACUUCAUCGAAGAGGCCUCCCUUCCCCAAGCUUUAACCUUGACCUUCGUCUUCGGUCUUGCUGCGCAAUACUAUCUUCAUCUCCUUCUCACCUCCAUCAUUUCUGACAUCUUCCUUGUCAUCAUGGCCAAGACAAACAAAAAGAUUGCAUUGAUCACAGGAGGUUCACAGGGCAUCGGCGCCGCUACUGUUCGCGCUCUCGUCGAGAAAAACUACUUUGUCGUCAUCAAUUAUUUCUCCGAUACCGUCGCGGCUUCCAAUCUUGUCUCUGAGCUCGGCGCUGAGAACGCCGUGGCCAUCAAGGCCGAUGCUAGUCUUGUGUCGGGCAUCGAUUCUCUGAUUGAGACCAUCGUAUCAGAGUAUGGACAGAUUCACGUUUUGAUUUGCAGUGCCGCCAAGCUAGGCUUGCAAGACAUCUCCGAAACCACCGAGGCAGGUUUCGACGCUCUCUUCGCCAUCAACGUCAAGGGACCUUACUUUCUCGUUCAGAAAGCCGCUCCGCACAUGCCUCCAGGCUCACACAUUGUCCUUAUAUCGACUACUCAGUGCCAUGCCAGCACCGUAACGCCAGAGUAUGUAUUGUACACCAUGACCAAGGGCGCCAUUGAACAAAUGGUGCGCGUCCUGGCCAAGACUCUUGGGCCCAAGGGUGUCUUCGUCAAUGCCGUCGCUCCAGGUCCGACUGCCACGGAUAUGUUCUUGAAAAGUGGAAGGCCACAAGCAGUGCUGGACAAGAUUGCGGGCUUCAGUCCACACAAUCGGAUUGGUGAGCCGAAGGACGUGGCAGAGGCUAUCGUGUUCUUGACACAAAACCAAUGGGUGUCUGGUCAGGUCGUAAAAGUCAAUGGCGGGAUGGCCUGA